CGCUACAUUGUCCAAAACAAAUAUUCUUUGCCACUUAAAGACAAAUGGCCUCAAUGAACGAGAUAGAGGUUUCACAAACCCUACUCCAGAGGGCACGCCUGAUCAGCAGAGCUGCCUGGGGGGCUCAGUUGCCCAAAGGCAAGAACGACAAACUAGAUGGUAUAAUCUCUCACAUUAUCUUCACCUACACUGACAAAGAACCGUGUAACACCCGGGAAGAGUGUGUGGAAGCGGUGAGGACGAUGCAGCAAUACCAUAUGGAUCAGGGGAAGUUCGACAUACCUUACAGAGGGAUACGUGAAGGACUUUGAACAAGCUCAGUAUAUUAUACGGUUUUGCCAACGAGAAAGACUGACUACACAUAAAUUGGAGGUAGAAAGAUAUUUAAUAGAU